AUGCCUGACACAGCUGGAGCGGCCUACGUGCCACUGACCCAGGGCUUCGGAUAUGGCAUUAUCCUCGGCCUUGGGUUCGCUUUCGCCCUGGGUAUGAUAGGAACUACAUGGGCGUUGAAGCGAUAUCAUGGAGAGGUGCAAACCUCAGAAGCUUUCUCGACCGCUGGGAGAACCGUCAAGUCAGGUCUCGUAGCAGCCGCAGUCGUCUCCAGCUGGACUUGGGCUGCCACUUUGCUUCAAUCCUCGGGUGUUGCCUACUCUUACGGUGUAUCCGGUCCUUUCUGGUAUGCUUCGGGUGCAACGGUCCAGAUCUUGCUCUUCGCUACUCUGGCAAUCGAACUGAAGAGACGUGCCCCAAAUGCGCAUACGUUUCUUGAGGUCAUCAAGGCCAGAUAUGGCGUUGUCACCCACAUUGUGUUCCUUGUCUUUGGCCUCAUGACCAACAUCCUCGUCACGGCCAUGCUUUUGACCGGUGGCAGUGCCGUGGCCAGUUCGCUCUGUGGAGUUCCCACCGCCGCAGCUUGUUUCCUGCUCCCGGUUGGUGUGGUCUUGUACACCAUGUUCGGCGGCAUCAAGGCGACUUUCCUUACGGACUACAUUCACACCGUGAUUAUACUGGUCAUCAUCUUUGUCUUCGCCUUCAGCGCCUACGCGACAAACGACAUUGCUGGGUCUCCUGGCAAGGUUUGGGAGCUCCUUGUUGAGGCGUCCAAACGGCACCCCGUCAAAGGCAACGCUGAAGGGAGUUACUUGACCAUGCGCAGCCGAGAAGGGGCGAUUUUCUUCGUCAUCAACAUUGUGGGCAAUUUCGGCACCGUCUUCCUGGACAAUGGGUACUACAACAAAGCCAUUGCAGCUUCGCCAGUCGAUGCCCUGCCCGGAUAUGUGAUGGGUGGUCUCUCUUGGUUCGCCAUCCCCUGGCUCUGUGCCACAACCAUGGGCCUGGCGGCUCUAGCCCUGGAGAACAACCCCGUCUUCCCGACGUAUCCCAACCGCAUGGCCCAUUCCGAGGUCAGCGCUGGAUUGGUGCUUCCUUAUGCGGCCGUGGCUCUUCUUGGAAAAGGCGGCGCUGGAGCGACGUUGCUGUUGAUCUUCAUGGCCGUCACCUCGGCGUCUUCGGCCGAACUGAUUGCCGUGUCGUCCAUCUGGACAUACGAUAUCUACCAGACCUACAUCAACCCUGCGGCAUCCGGCAAGUUUUUGAUUCGCAUGUCUCACGUGGCCUGCGUCGUCUAUGCCCUCGUCCUGGCCAGUUUCUCCACGGGCCUCUUCUAUGCCGGCGUCAGCAUGGGCUACUUGUACUUGAUGAUGGGUUGCAUCAUCAGCUCGGCCGUCAUUCCGGCCACACUGGCCUUGAUGUGGAAGGACCAGAACUGGCAAGCCGCUGCCGGCGCGCCCGUUCUGGGGCUGAUCUGCGCGCUGAUUGCCUGGCUUGUGACGGCCAAGAAGGAAUGCGGCGUCCUGAACGUCGACUGCACAGGCUCCAACAAUCCCAUGCUUGCCGGGAACGUCACUGCCCUGCUCAGCCCGCUCAUCUUCGUGCCGAUCCUCACCUACACCUUCGGCCGGCAGAACUACGACUGGGUGUCGAUGAGGCAGAUCCGCCGCGGCGAUGACACCGAGAUCAUUCGUCGCGCCAGUGUCGACGCCGAGAUUGUGCCCACCACGACGUCUCGAUCCACCGAAGAAGAAUCGGCCGAACAGGCCAAGUUGAAGAAGGCGGCCAUCAUCUCGCGAAGCUUGACCGGCUUCAUGACCAUUGCCAUGCUUGUGCUCUGGCCCAUGCCGAUGUACGGGUCUGGAUAUAUUUUCAGCAAGAAGUUCUUUACCGGCUGGGUUGUUGUCGGUAUUCUGUGGCUGUUCUUUAGCACCUUCUGCGUAGGCCUCUUCCCGCUCUGGCAGGGCCGGAAGACCAUGGCUCACACUGUCCGAUCCAUGUUCCUCGACCUGACCGGCAAGAAGAAGCCCGCGCUUCAUGGUCGCGUCACAGAGGUGGAGGAAGAGAGCGGAAGCUCUGAGACGCCCCCGGAGAAGGCGGCCGUCAAGGGCGAAUAG